AAAAACCACAAGGAGGGGCAGCCCUGUGGCCAGGGCCUGGAGAAUUAUUGAAAUCAGCCAAUCCACAGGGUGCAGAGAACCCUGGCCAGUACCAGCCCAGCAACCCUGCUUCAGAUGCUUCCUAGAGCCUGGCCUGUCUCCCUCAGUGGCCCUGCCUGGCAGCCUGCUCUUCUUCAAACUGGAUCCUGUUCACAGUGUUUCAGGAAGAGCGUGAACGGCAGUGAUUCAGAGAAAGGACAUGAUCCAGGACAGCCCCUGGGAGGACAGAGGACUGAGACUCCCCAGGAUGCAGCCCUGGAACAGGAGCCUCAGGACCCUCCUGCUCUGCCUCCUGCUUCCCUGGCCAGGUGCAGGGCAAUUCGACGUGAUGGGACCAAGCUCACCAGUCAUCGCCAAGGUUGGAGCAGAGGCCGUGUUCUCCUGCCACCUCAACCCCUCCACGGAUGCCCAGGACAUGGAGAUCAGGUGGUUCCACGCCAAGAAUUCAGAACUGGUGCAUUACUAUAGGAAUUCCCAGGAUAUCCUGGAAAAGCAGCAGCCAGAGUACUGCGGGAGGACGGAGUUCCUCAAGGAGCAGAUCAGUCAAGGGCAGGUGGCCCUGAGGAUCCACCCCAUCAGCACUUCAGAUGGAGGGGACUACAGUUGUUCAUUUGCAAGCUCCACACACCACAGUGCAGCACAGUUCAGUGUGGAGGUCACAGGUGAGCCUCUGUCCUGAAAGCUGUCAGGUGAUUGGAGGUACAUUUUUAUUCAACCAGUACUCUACAGUGUGCAAGGACAGAUGGCAGUGUCCCAAGGACACUGGGGAGGACUUCCAGAAUGUUGGGGUUGAGAUUGGUCUAGAGUGUCUUCCCACGGAUUCGUGUUUUGAUAAAAAGGACACUGACAUCCCUUUUCCUUUCCAACACACUGAUGAAGGGCAGGUGCAAGCAGGGCAUCUAAGCGUGGCCUGUGCAGAGCCCCAGAAACAUGUUUCCAUCUAGAGAUGUUGUAAUUAUUUCAGAAACACAGGAGGAGCUCGAGGGAGGUGGAGGGAACGCAAUCAGCCCAGCUGCAGGCCUAGGGUUCUGGACCUCAUUCCAUCCAGACAGAACGUGCCCUGGUUGACUGGAAUCUGACUCUUGAGGGAGAUGUAGAACGGUGUGGGCAGCUAGGGAGAGAUGGCCAGUGAGGAGGCCAGGGGCAGUGCCAGAAUAAAGGGACGUGUCUCGGGAAGGUCUUCUGGUGAAGUCAACUUUCUGGUUGACAAAAGUGCUUGUGGACACAAGUUGGGGACCCAUCAGAAAGACAUUUCCGUACUAGUACUCCUAAGCAGGGGAUCCAAUAGAAAAGCAGAAUAGAUGCAUGGACACAGGGGACACCACUCAACAAUAGUGAGGAGAGCGUGGACAGGGGAGGAAAAAAGAAAAGGAGGAAAUUCUAGACACAUUAAAAAAACAGCCCAACCUCCCCCACUGGAUUCCCAACUCUGGGACCCCUUCCCUUUGGAGAAGUCUCUCUCUGUAUCUUUAUUACUUUUGCAAUAAACCUGCUGCUUGCUUGCUA